AUGCAUCAAACCGUUUCCUCCCCAUUGACUACCAUCUCCCCACACCGCAUCCCGUUCCAUGUCUCGAGCUGUCUCGAGCAGCUCCCCGCCAUGGAAAUUGGGCAUCAGGGUGGCAACUUGACGUCAGAUCCGCCAGUUGCCAGUUUCUUGAAUAUUCCAGAUUCGUUCCAGAAUCUCGAAAGCGAGCAGUCUCGACUUGAGAAGAUUUCCUAA